UUCUCCGAAACCAUGCCAGAGAUGACAGAGAAUGAGACACCUACUAAGAAGCAACAUCGAAAGAAAAACCGGGAGACACAUAAUGCAGUGGAGAGACAUCGAAAGAAGAAGAUUAAUGCUGGGAUAAACAGAAUUGGAGAACUCAUUCCCUGCUCUCCAGCACUUAAGCAGAGCAAGAACAUGAUCCUGGAUCAGGCCUUUAAGUAUAUAACAGAAAUGAAAAGACAGAAUGAUGAACUUCUGUUAAAUGGAGGGAACAAUGAACAGGCUGAAGAGAUAAAAAAACUCCGGAAACAGCUGGAUGAACUGCAAAAGGAAAACGGGAGAUACAUCGAACUACUGAAAGCAAACGAUAUUUGCCUGUAUGAUGACCCUACAAUCCACUGGAAGGGAAAUCUCAAAAAUGCGAAGGUCUCGGUUGUUAUUCCCAGUGAUCAGGUUCAAAAGAACAUCAUUGUCUAUUCAAAUGGGAGUCAACCCAAUGGAAAUAACCAGGGAGCAUCUGUCCAGGGAAUAACGUUUAAUGUUGGUCAUAAUUUACAAAAGCAAACAGCCAAUGUUGUGCCAGUCCAGAGAACUUGCAACCUAGUGACUCCUGUGACGAUUUCUGGUAUUUACCCCACAGAAAACAAGCCAUGGUCUCAAACUACAGUUUCUCCACUGGCAUCUGCUCAGACAGCUCCAGCAGGGAACGUUCUUGAGCUUUCCACCCCGGAGAAUGAGCGAGGUGUGCUCACCGCUGCUACUGCCAGCUCGCAGAGCGCAUCUCAAUCUGGAACAGAACAGGAACUACAGUGUUCUUCAAAUAACGCACCACAGAAUGAUCAAAAUCUCCCCAAAAGUAAAAAUGAUGAGGAGGGCACUAAAUUAACAAAGAAAACACUCCUGCAGGGAAUCAGCCUUCCUUCCAGUGCCUCCACGGAAGCCUCCCAAGUUCAACAGGUGAAUGCAACUUGCUCAAAUACACACAAUUCUAGGAGUGACCUUCAGGAAAGCUGUGUCAUUUCAACCACAGACACAGCUUGUGUGCCAUCUGUGAGACUGUCUACUGCAGAGAGUUUUUCCUCUGUAAAUGUCCUCAAAAGUACAGACUUGGUAAGCAGUGCUGGAAUGCCUGUGUCUUCUGCAGCAGAAGGAGCUAAGGCUGCGACGGCAAUAAGCACUCUGCCUGCCAGUCCGCUAGAGAACUGCUGGUCUUUUUCAGGCUCUUCAGGUGUUGGCACUUCAGACUUGAAAAACAUGAGUAGCCUUACACGGAUGCCUUCAGCUGGAAACACACAGACCACGUGGACAACUUUGCAGCUAGCGGGAAAUACUGUUCAGCCACUAAGCCAAACGCCAUCCGGUAUAAUGACUGCACUAUUAAACGAGCCAGUUAAUGGUGCUGGUACUGUAUCUUCUGCUCACAGCAGGCCUUUGACUACAAGUAUCAGUUUGAAUACUUCUCUGCCCGGGGAUGGCCAGGCAGCUGAACAGAUUGUAGUUACCUUGCCCUCGUGCCCACCCUUACCUAUGCAGCCAUUAAUCAGCCAGCCACAGGUUAAAACUCAGGCUGCAGGAAAUAUCCUUCCAUUAAAUUCAGCUAUGCAGGUGAUUCAGAUGGCUCAGCCAGUCGCAUCAGCUGUUACAGGAGCACCAGCUAACCAGAAUGUCAUCAUUCUCCAGCCUCCAAACCCCGCUCCAUGCCCUCCGAUUGUGAGAGCAGAAGUUCCCAGCCAAAAUGUUAGCCAGCAAAUUGUAAUUAUACAAGCUGCUAAUCAGAAUCCUCUUCCCCUCCUCUCCGCUCAGCCUUCUGCUUCUGUACGAGUCCCCAUGAAUGGGCCGACUGCAAUCACGAACUCUAGCAGCUCCAUACAAAAUGCCUCUCUUCCACAGACUUUCGGAGGGAAACACCUUGUCCAUAUAUUACCAAGACCAUCUUCUUUGCCAUCUUCUGGCACUACGCAAACAUUUUCAGUUACAAUGUCCAAUCAACAGCAUCCUCAAACUAUCUCAUUAAACGGGCAGCUUUUUGCAUUGCAGCCUGUGAUGUCUUCAUCUGGAGCUUCAAAUCAAGCCCCUAUGCAAAUUAUUCAACCCACCACCAGCGAAGAUCCAAAUACCAAUGUUGCCCUCAAUACAUUUGGUGCUUUAGCUAACCUCAAUCAAAGCAUAUCGCAAAUGGCUGGACAGAGCUGCUUACACUUGUCUCUCAGCCACCCUACCAAUCCCACAACUGUCAGUAACCAGAUUGCCACAGUUAACUGUGUGUCAUUACCAGCUUCUGUGGCAUCUUCAGUACCUGUGGAGGUUUCAGUAUUAACUAGUGCAUCUAAUUCAAUAAAUGCUUCCCCCAAAAAAGCGGCUGCUGGCUUGCCAUCCAAUGCAAAAUCAAAAAGGACAAACAAAAAGCCAAGUACAAAGAAACACCAAGCAGUCAACAGUAAAGUGUCCUGCCCAGCGGUUCCUUGCAAAGACGCAGGGAAGGUGGACUGUGCUCCCAUGGAAACGGUGGCAAAGCAUUCAAAUGGCGAGGGGCUGCUUGAAAACGCUCCAGCAGUAUCGCAAGCUUUAACGACGUCACAGGCGAGCGGUGUGGCAGCAUCGAGCAGCGUCAGUGUUUCUGACUGUCGUUCCAAAGAGACUGCGAGCUCUCAACAGGCAGCCAAAACCUGCUCUGUCCCCGAGCCGAGCUCGGCAGAGGCGCCCGCUUCCUCGCCGCUGGCGUCCGUGGUGUCAGAGCAGCUGGCGCUCGUCCCGCUGACUGCCAAAGAUGCUGCUCCUCGCCAGCAGGCCCAUGGGUCUCAGAACUGUCCACCAGCCAGCUCUGCCUUGUCAGAGCCUCCCAAACCCUGUGAACCCCCCAGCACCUUAACGUCCUCUCGUACCGAAGCACAUGUAACGCAUUCUCAGGUUGCUGGGACGUCAGCAGCACAGAACAGCACAGCAGGUCAUACUUCCAAGGCAGGAACGAUUUCGGAGUCCUGCAACAUUGUGCAGGUUUCCUCAAUGGUAAUGCAAGAUGCGGACUUGUUAGAAGGACAGGGUCUAACCAAAAUGCUGUCUGAUCUCACGAAAGAAAGAACAGCUGUGGAAAAAACCCCUUCAUUUACCGUUCAGGGGGAGCAUUCUAAUUUUCCCAUGGAAAACUCUAAAUCAGCAGAAUCGAAUGUUGAUUUGCCUGAGAAGCAGGAACUCUUGCUAAUGAACACGGAAGGUGAUACUCUCUCCCAGCAUCACUCCUGCAUUUCUGAUCAGGAAGUAGUCAGUGCUUCCCUUAUCGCUAGCAGGCAGGCAGACUCCCCGAUGUCAACUAGCUCUGGCAGCAGUCGAGGCUUCUCAGUUGCAUCUAUGUUGCCAGAUACCACCAGAGAAGACGUUACUAGCAGCACCUCAACCAGUACAUGUAACAGCUGCACAUUUUCAGAACAGACUGACAUUGUAGCUCUUGCAGCAAGAGCUAUUUUUGACCAGGAAAACCUUGAGAAAGGUGGAGGAGGAAUACAGGUUAACAUGAGGGAUGCCAUCUCUAAGUCAACUGAGGUUGCACCUUUGGAGAGAGAGCAACAGCCUUUUAAACCUCAGGCACUGAAAGAAAACAAUGCAGGGCCAUUGGAAGCAGCACCAAACAAAUUCAGUGCUCAAGAUACAGUGCAGACAAAUGUCGAUAGACAGGUUGAAAAGCCAAGCUGCUCCGUAGGAGGUGUGGAAACAUCAAACACUUCUUUGCAGAUUUCCGCUUCCCAGUCACCAAGCAUAACCAGUUUAAGCGUGAAUAAUCUAAUACACCAGAGUCGCAUUGUCCAUCCCCUUGUGAGUUGCUCGAGUUUAUCCCAGUCUUCAGAGCCAGCAAGUGCCCCUGCAGCUGUAAGCCUCUCCCUUCCAUCUAGCACAUACGUCAAUCAGUCUCCAGGACCCGCUAUGAUGAGUGAAUAUGCUCAGGAACAACUGAAUGCUAUUAGGGUAAGCACCAUGCAGGCUCCCCAGCUGCAGGAGUCACACUUAAAGCAGCAAAAUCACGAAGGUCGCAAAGACUCUGCCAAGCGGGCUGUUCAAGAUGACCUUCUGCUUUCUACGGCAAAGAGGCAAAAGCAGUGCCAGACAACGCCCAUAAGGCUUGAAGGGAUGGCGUUGAUGAACCGAACACCAGAGGGUAUUGCUGAUCAAACACAGAUGCUAGUCAGUCAGAUUCCUCCUAAUUCAUCCAAUUCAGUGGCAUCAGUGAGCAAUCAAGGGCAUGCCGAUGGCCUUAAUAGGUUAUUCCCAUCCAACAGCAACUUUGUAACACCAGCUUUGAGACAAACUGAAGUUCAGUGCAGUUCUCAGCCAUCAAUUUCAGAGCAGCAAGGCCAGGCAGGGCAGCACUUGCAGCCAAUUCAACAUGUUCCUACUCAAGGCAUAUCUCACCUUCACAGCAAUCAUCCAUACUUAAAGCAACAGCAGGCUGGUCAGUUAAGAGAAAGGCACCACUUGUAUCAGCUGCAGCACCAUGUCGCUCACGGGGAAAACUCAGUCCACUCUCAACCCCACAGUGUCCACCAGCAGCGAACAAUACAGCAGGAGGUGCAGAUGCAAAAGAAACGAAAUCUCAUCCAGGGAACACAAGCCACACAACUUUCUCUACAGCAAAAACACCACGGAAGUGAUCAAACACGGCAAAAAGGUGGUCAGCCUCAUCCUCACCACCAGCAAAUGCAGCAGCAGAUGCAGCAGCACUUUGGAGCUUCCCAGCCUGAAAAGAACUGUGAAAAUCCUGCAGCAAGCAGAAACCAUCAUAACCACCCUCAGGGCCAUAUAAAUCAGGACAUCAUGCAUCAACAGCAACAAGAUGUUAGCAGCAGACAGCAAGGUUCAGCUUCUGAACAUGUGUCAGGGCACAAUCAGAUGCAAAGACUUAUGACCUCAAGGGGCUUAGAGCAGCAAAUGGUGUCCCAGGCAAGUAUCGUAAGCAGACCAUCAGAUAUGACGUGUACCCCUCAUAGGCAGGAAAGAAAUCGAGUUUCCAGCUACUCUGCUGAGGCGCUCAUUGGGAAGACGCCCUCUAAUUCGGAACAGAGAAUAGGAAUAUCUCUUCAAGGCCCUAGGGUUUCUGACCAGCUUGAAAUGAGAAGCUAUCUUGAUGUUUCUAGAAAUAAAGGGUUGGUGAUUCAUAAUAUGCAGGGCCGCUUGUCUGUCGACCAUACAGUUAGCUCAGAUGUGCAGCGGCUUUCUGAUUGUCAAACAUUUAAGCCAGCUGGACCCAAUCAACAACCGACGGGCAAUUUCGAUGUACAGGCUUCAAGAAACAGUGAAAUUGGUAAUUCUGUAUCAUCUCUCAGGGGCAUGCAGUCGCAAGCAUUUCGAAUCGGUCAGAAUACUGGGCCAUCCAUAGAGAGACAGAAGAGACUGCCCUACCAGCCAGUACAGGGUAUUCCAACAGGAAACACCCUGCCAUCAAGGGAAAAUGAAAACACGUGCCACCAAAGUUUUAUGCAGAGUUUACUUGCCCCUCACCUUGGAGAUCAAGUUAGUGGAAGCCAAAGAUCAAUCCCAGAACAUCAAAGGAACACGCAGUGCGGCGCCUCCUCCACAAUUGAGUACAACUGUCCCCCAGCACGGGAGAGCGUCCACAUCCGAAGAGAUGGUGAUGGCCAGAGUAGGGAGAGCUGUGACAUGUCUAUUGGUGCAAUUAACACAAGGAACAGUUCUUUGAAUAUUCCUUUUUCGAGUUCUUCUUCCUCGGGAGAUAUUCAGGGUCGCAACACAAGCCCAAACAUCUCUGUGCAGAAGUCCAAUCCCAUGAGGAUGACGGACAGUCAUGGAACCAAGAGCCACAUGAAUACGCCUGUUUCUAGCAACAUGCAUGGAGUUGUGAGGCCAACUCACCCUCACCCUGUAGUUUCUCACGGAAAUGGCGAGCAAGGGCAACCUUCUGUUCGUCAGCCAAAUUCUUCAGUUACUCAGCGGUCGAGGCAUCCUCUGCAAGAUAAUGGAGGUUCUAAAAUACGUCAGCCCGAAAGGAAUCGAUCCGGAAAUCAAAGACAUGGAAACGUCUUUGACCCUAGUCUUCCCCAUCUUCCCCUGUCCACCAGCGGCAGUAUGAUCCUUGGGCGCCAGCAGUCUGCGAUAGAAAAAAGAGGAAGCAUUGUCCGAUUUAUGUCUGAUGGCCCUCAAGUGUCUAACGAUAACACGGCCCCUGACCAACAUACUCUCUCUCAGAAUUUUGGAUUCCCUUUUAUUCCGGAGGGUGGCAUGAAUCCACCGAUAAAUGCCAACGCCUCUUUCAUCCCACCAGUCACUCAGCCUAGUGCCACUCGAACACCAGCUCUCAUCCCGGUCGAUCCUCAGAAUACGCUGCCAUCCUUCUAUCCACCUUACUCGCCUGCCCAUCCUACGCUUUCCAACGACAUUUCUAUCCCUUACUUUCCCAAUCAAAUGUUUCCUAACCCAAGCACGGAGAAGCCGAGUAGUGGAAGUUUAAACAAUCGAUUUGGAUCCAUUUUGUCUCCUCCCAGGCCCGUUGGUUUUGCUCAGCCAAGUUUUCCUUUGCUUCCGGAUAUGCCGCCAAUGCACAUGACCAACACGUCGCACUUAUCCAAUUUUAACUUAACGUCAUUGUUUCCAGAAAUAGCCACAGCUCUUCCUCCAGAUGGUUCAGCAAUGUCGCCUUUGCUUUCCAUUGCAAACACAUCUGCUUCAGAUUCUUCCAAGCAGUCCUCAAACCGACCUGCCCACAAUAUAAGCCAUAUUCUAGGUCACGACUGCAGCUCAGCUGUAUGAAAACUGAUAGACUGACGUCUAGUCUGAUACGUUGUUUAUAUAUUUAAGAAGAAGAAAGUGGAUCUUACUGGCAUCCCUGAAGAGACCAUUCAUAGCAUCACUGUUUAUUUGCCUAAAUGUAUGUAUAUGGGUACUUUUCGUAUUUAUAUACACACUGUGUUUCCAUCCACCUUACUAACUUUAAAGCACCAGUGCCUAUAGCAAUGCUUACUUACUAGUAAACAGUAAGGAUGCAACAUUGAGAGCUGUGCAAAUAUUGGUUGUUGAUUUUCCAACAAUCAAGUUUGAUGUCCGAUUGUUCCAGGGUAAGGGCCACCCUCAGUAAUACGUGGAUGUAAAGAAAGGAGUGAGAGCAUCCGUAUGGGAGACAGGAAACAAAUACUACAGGUUUCGUUUUGUUUCUGAUACGUUUACCUGAAACUACAGACGAACUUGAAGUGGCUUGGGUUUCUCUUUUUCCUUUGUAAAAUAUCUUCGGGAGCCUCAACGCAAGCCAAGUCUGUGUUAACCCAGUGUUAAUUGAUAAAGGCAUUUGUCAUGCAGCUUUUGUCUGUUUGAAGCUUGUCACAUGCACUUGACUUAAGGCUGACUUUACCUGGCAAAAAUUACUAUGUGUUUCCGUGGUCAGCAAUUAAAAAUACUGGUUUAGAAAAUUCAGAUUUCUUUAACCCAUGACUUUCUGUUUCUAAGAAGAAUUUUGU